AUGGUAAUUUGGAAUCACACACCCAUCAUCACUAUCUCGUGGAUUUGUGACAGCCUCAUCUUAUUCGCAACUGAAAAUAAGAUUUUUACCUGUGAUGUAAAAAAUGGCAUUAUCCGUCCCCAAGGUUGCUUUCCACCAGACAAGGCUAUUUUCAAAAUUAUGUGUUGCCCAAGUUCUGUUAAAUGUUCUUGUCGAAAGCCACGGCAAUUGGACAUCACUCUAGAAAUUGAACUGAAAUUUAUCACCGUAUUUGGGAAUAACCUUUGCGUGAUACUUUCCAUCUCGAAGGAUGCGAAUGUAAAGACCUUAUUUUCCCUUGCAACUACUGAAUUUAUUUGCGGUGCAUAUGUGCAUAAACGGGGAAUUAUUUUUGCCGUGGAUUUGUGUAAACCUUCUUUUACCAGUACCUGUCUUUUGGCAUCAGCCGCAGAAGAUCGGUCAAUUGUCAUAUGGUCUUCCCAAUUCGAUGAGCUAUGCGGAAGCCCUCAGUCACGAUUCACAGAGUGGAAUAUCCUUCACCGUCUUGAUGUUUGUGCAAUUAAUUUAAAAAUGCCUUUGUUCGAGUCCCGUGUUUGGUGCGUUCAAAUGAACGAUUGGGGUAUAAUUGCAGCUGGUGAGAUCACUGGUGGAAAUGACGGCGCUCUAGUUCUCAAUCAGAUCGAAAUACCUCAACCUGAAGAGAAAGUCGGUGUCUUCCAAGACGGACUCGUUGGCUGUGUCAAGCCCCUCACAAAUGUCCCAGCAGUUAAGCGACCUUCGUCACUGGCGAAGCAUUCUUUUCCCUCUGAUACUUAUUUCAAUCAGUUCCCUGAUAAGAAACAAUCACUUUUGUUAGAUAACGAGUCUGUUAUGAUCUCUCCAGUCUUGCGUGAUGUUUUCAUUGGACCCGAGGGAAGAAUUUUUACUAUUUUUGAAUCAGGCGGCAUUGCUAUACUUCGGCCUGAUAAUGGUAAGGCCGCUGAAUUGACCCCUAUGCAAUCGUACCUGUCUCCAACACUAUCGAAAAGGGUGGCCAAAGGGGCAGAAUUCGUUGACAAGGACGGAGUAUGUCUAAAACAGGAUCGUCUUUUUCCGGGAUACUGCGUUUCUGGCGUUCAUAGAGGUUCGCGACGAUUUGCUCUUGGUGGCAGAUGGGGAUGCUUGGGAAUCUACGAGAUCAUUGAUGACGAAACGCUGCUUUGCCAUGAUCUGGUGAAUCUCCCUCCAUUUCAAAGGAUAACCCUUAUUCACUGGAUCAGUGAAAGUGAAAUUGUGGUUGGAAUUUUCCCCAACGUAACGACAAUUUUUGAGCGUUUCAAGCUACUCGUAGUCGGCCCUACCGCGGUUGACAUGGUGACGAGAGUAAAAUUGUGUUUCUUUCGCUCUAACUACAACCCACUCUAUGAUAACCUUAAAAAGCUAGGAACAUCGAAUCAAGUCCUCCCACUUAAAAUGGAGUGUCUCGUCAAAGAUGGCGUUGAACUCGAGUCUGUGUACGCUCCUGUCUAUGGUAGACUUGCGGUACAGCAUGCUAUUUGGCGAAACGUCUACCUCAACGCAGUGCAUCCAGUGUUGAAUCAUUGCUCAGUUCAACACCACCCAGCCGUCCAUCUGGAUGCUGGGAUUAUGGAUGAGACGGCUAUCCUCCGUCUUGCAACGCCCCAAGAUAAAUUAAAGGGGAUGGACAGUGAAGUAGUAGAGGUGUACAUUGGUCUGAACAAUGUGGCAAGCAGUAAUGGGCUGUUUCACAGGGCCCUAUAUCUCGAACGCAAUUUCACUCACUCUCAGCGCGACGAAUUGGCUUGGACUACCUGCGCAGCUAGUUGGACAAGCCAGGAGCCCAUUCCGUUGCGUUGCAUUAUUAUUGGAACUCGAGUCGGUGGAAUUUCUCUUUAUAAUCUUCCUUCUGACUCGAAUUCAACAGUAAUUCAACCCACAUGGUCUCUUGAACACUGCCAUGGGAGAGAGGGUGUGACCUCUAUCACAAUUCUUCACCAGGCUAUCGUUCUGACAGCUGGACGUCAACAUGGAAGGGUGCGAAGAUGGCGAAUUCUCAUCACUGAGGGUGGUUCCAAAAUUGGUUUACAGCUACUAGAUCAGGUACUGAAACCAUCCCACCUCUCGUGGAUCGAGUCUUUUGCGAGCCUUCCCUCUGGAGAGGUUCUAGCGCUGGGAUUUUUGUCGUUUUGCCUGAGUCGUUUAAACAAUCCUGAACGUGCGGUCCGUCUUGGAAUCAAUGUACCAUUACGGACAAUUGGAAAUCAAGGUGGAAUGAGAAGUUCUAUUCUGGCGGAUAGCAGCCCCGAGGAGUUUGAAGGUGAUUGCAUUGAUCUGAUGAACGUAAGUUGCUCCGAACGUCCAGUCAUCUACAUUUGCAGUCACGGGGAAUAG